UCGAGCGCAUCAGUAUCAUGGUGAUCCUGCUGAACUGCGUCACUCUGGGGAUGUACCAGCCCUGCGAGAACAUCGACUGCACCUCAGAGCGCUGUCAGAUUCUACAGGCAUUCGAUGCAUUUAUCUAUAUUUUCUUUGCACUGGAGAUGGUGGUGAAGAUGGUGGCUCUGGGAAUCUUUGGCCGUCGCUGUUAUCUUGGCGAUACUUGGAACAGACUGGACUUUUUCAUCGUCAUGGCAGGGAUGGUUGAAUACUCCCUUGAUCUCCAGAACAUCAACUUCUCUGCCAUCAGAACAGUGCGUGUACUCAGACCUCUCAAAGCCAUCAACAGAGUACCCAGUAUGCGUAUCCUGGUGAACCUAGUGAUUUGUUACCGUGCCAACCAUGGAAAUGUGCUUCUGCUCUGUUUCUUUGUCUUCUUCAUUUUUGGCAUCAUUGGCGUGCAGCUGUGGGCUGGACUAUUAAGAAAUCGCUGUUACCCAGAGGAGAACUUCACCCUCACAUCUGGCAUCACCCUCCCCGCCCCAUAUUAUCAGCCUGAGGAGGAUGACGAGCGGCCCUACAUCUGCUCGUUGGCCCAGGAUAACGGCAUCAUGUCCUGCAGCGACGUGCCCGCUCGGAGAGAAGGCGGACGGGAGUGCUGUCUAGAUAAAGAGGAUGCGCUGCACCGUCAGGCCCUGGGCCUGAGCGCGGAGCCACUGGUCAACGGCAGUGCCUCUGCCAUGGGGCUCUGUGUAAACUGGAACCAGUACUACACCCGCUGUCAUACAGGACACACCAACCCACAUAAAGGAGCGAUCAAUUUUGACAACAUAGGUUAUGCAUGGAUCGUCAUAUUUCAGGUGAUCACGCUGGAGGGCUGGGUGGAGAUCAUGUACUAUGUCAUGGACGCUCAUUCCUUCUACAACUUCAUCUACUUCAUAUUCCUCAUCAUCAUUGGAUCUUUCUUCAUGAUUAAUCUGUGCCUGGUGGUCAUUGCCACUCAGUUUUCAGAGACCAAACAGCGAGAGCACCAGCUGAUGCAAGAGCAACGCGCUCGCUACCUGUCCUCCAGCACGCUGGCUUCGCUCGCUGAGCCCGGAGACUGUUACGAGGAGCUCUUCCAGCUGGUCUGCCACAUCCUGCGCAAGGCCCGCCGCCGCUCAGCCGCCCUUUACUACAUGCUCCGUGGCAAAGCCCCUCCCCCUGGAGGAGGGAGGGGGCGUGGCAGGGGAGGGGCAGGAUCGACAGGGGGAGGAGCUAAUGUGAAUGGCAGCGAAAGACACCACUGCCAUUCUACUCAGACGCCUCACUGUAUUCACGAUAACAAGUUGGACCACAGCUCCCAACCUCUGGAGAACGCCAUCUCCCUCUCCAUCACCCCAAACCCAGAGGAGUGUCCACAGUGUGCUGCCGCCCUGUCACUCAAGGAGGGGGCGGGAUCGACGGGGCACUCGGCCAAUGGGGAGGAAGAGGAGGGUGCGCUGGAGGAGACCGACAGGGAUGAGAGCCGCUUGGACGAGAAGGGGGACGAUGACUCCGUGGACUCGCCAAAGAGGAAACGCAUCUGUUUUGGGAAAUGUAAAGAUGUUUGGGAUGAAAUGAGAGUGAAGCUUUGGGGUAUAGUUGAAAGCAAGUACUUCAACAGAGGGAUUAUGAUCGCCAUCCUCAUCAAUACAAUCAGCAUGGGCAUCGAGCACCAUAACCAGCCUGAUGAACUGACUAAUGUCCUGGAGAUUUGUAACAUAGUGUUCACCAGUAUGUUCACCCUGGAGAUGAUCCUCAAGCUGACUGCCUUUGGCUUCUUUCAAUAUCUGAGAAACCCCUACAACAUCUUUGAUGGAAUUAUUGUGAUCAUCAGUGUAUGUGAGAUCAUUGGGCAGUCUGACGGGGGUCUGUCCGUCCUGAGGACGUUCAGACUGUUGAGGGUCAUAAAGCUGGUGCGGUUCAUGCCAGCUCUGCGCAGACAGCUGGUGGUCCUGAUGAAGACCAUGGACAACGUGGCCACCUUCUGCAUGUUACUAAUGCUCUUUAUCUUCAUAUUCAGUAUUCUGGGAAUGCACAUAUUUGGCUGCAAGUUCAGCCUGAGGACAGAGGCUGGGGACACAGUACCUGACAGGAAAAACUUUGACUCCCUGCUGUGGGCCAUUGUCACAGUGUUUCAGAUCCUAACUCAAGAGGACUGGAACAUGGUUUUGUAUAAUGGCAUGGCCUCUACCUCCCCCCUGGCUGCCCUGUAUUUCGUUGCGCUCAUGACUUUUGGGAACUAUGUUCUGUUCAAUCUGCUUGUGGCUAUCUUAGUGGAAGGAUUUCAGGCUGAGGGUGAUGCUAACCGUUCCUACUCUGACGAUGACAGAUCCUCUUGUAACUUAGAAGAAACUGAGAAAAAGGACUCACUCCAGCUGUCAGAUCCCAAGAUUUCCACUUUGACCCCUAAUGGGCAUCUGGAUUUGGCACCUGCACUCAACGCCAGGGGCCUGUACCCGUCUGAAAGGCUGAGCUUUGCCCUGGGUUCCCGCAAGAGCAGCGUUACCUCUCUGGGCAGGGCUAGCCUGGAGCAGACGGCGCUGUGUCCAGGACGAGCCUCUCUGUACCACAACUGGGGACGGCCCGCGCGGCCAGGAAUAUGGAGUCGCAGGUCGAGCUGGAACAGCUUGGGUCGAUCCUCCAGAUGCCUGGGGAUGGGGGGCGGAGGCAGUUUAAGGGUCCGUAGCCCUCACUCUCACCCCGCUGAGCAGGAGUCCCUGCUGUCUCCUCUGCCCCCUCCUCUGCACCCGCCUCUGCUCUCCAGACACUUUGUCCCGCGCAGAGAACGGCGGGCUCUCUCUCUGGAGCUUCCUGAGCUGCUGCAGGUGCCUGGACCGGCCUUGCCUCCUCUGCAUCCCCGGCAAAGCAAGAAGAGCUUCUCUGGGGGUCUGGGAAGCGUUGGAGAGCACCAGGACUGUAAUGGGAAGACACCGUCAGGCCAACCACAAAUCAUCAAUGAGGUCUACCCUCAGGUCAAUGCACGCAAGGACAGGGAGGAUCUGGACGAUGAGCUGGACUAUAGUCUAUGUUUCCGGAUGCAGAAGAUGAUAGAGGUGUACAGACCAGACUGGUGUGAGACCAGGGAAGACUGGUCCGUCUUCCUCUUCUCUCCCCAAAACAAGUUCAGGUUGUUGUGCCAGUCCAUUAUUGCCCAUAAGCUGUUUGACUAUGUGGUGCUGGUCUUCAUCUUCUCAAACUGCAUCACUGUGGCUCUGGAGAGACCCAAGAUCCUUCAGGGUAGCCUGGAGAGGCUUUUCCUCACCGUGUCCAAUUACAUUUUCACAGCCAUAUUUGUGGGGGAGAUGACACUCAAGGUGGUGUCUAUGGGUUUGUAUCUUGGAGAGCAGGCGUACUUGCGCAGCAGUUGGAACAUUUUGGAUGGUUUCCUGGUGUUUGUGUCUUUGAUUGACAUUGUCGUGUCGAUGGCGGGCGGGGCUAAGAUCCUGGGGGUGCUCAGGGUCCUCAGGCUUCUGCGCACACUGCGCCCCCUCAGGGUUAUCAGUCGAGCUCCUGGCCUCAAACUGGUUGUGGAGACUUUGAUCACCUCUCUGAAGCCUAUAGGAAACAUAGUUCUCAUCUGCUGUGCUUUUUUCAUCAUCUUUGGCAUCCUGGGAGUCCAGCUUUUCAAAGGCAAGUUCUACUACUGCUUGGGCCUGGAUGUCAAAAACAUCACUAACAAGUCUGACUGCCUCUUGGCCAAUUAUAAGUGGGUCCAUCACAAGUACAACUUUGACAACUUGGGGCAGGCUCUGAUGUCCCUGUUUGUGCUGGCAUCGAAGGACGGCUGGGUCAACAUCAUGUAUCAUGGUUUGGACGCAGUGGCAGUGGACCAGCAGCCCAUAACCAAUAACAACCCCUGGAUGCUGCUGUACUUCAUCUCCUUUCUCCUGAUCGUCAGUUUCUUCGUACUGAACAUGUUUGUUGGAGUGGUGGUGGAGAACUUCCACAAGUGCCGACAGCACCAGGAGGUGGAGGAGGCCAAGAGGAGAGAGGAGAAGAGACUGAGACGCAUGGAGAAAAAGAGACGGAAGGCCCAGAAGUUGCCCUACUAUGCCAGUUACAGUCACGUGCGACUGAUGAUCCACACCCUGUGCACCAGUCACUACCUGGACAUCUUCAUCACCUUCAUCAUCUGUGUAAACGUUGUGACUAUGUCACUGGAGCACUACAGCCAGCCUCAUUCUCUGGAGAUCACACUCAAGUACUGUAAUUAUUUCUUCACCAGCACCUUUGUGCUGGAGGCUGUCCUGAAGCUCAUUGCAUUUGGCUUCCGACGUUUCUUCAAAGACAGGUGGAACCAGCUGGAUUUGGCUAUAGUGCUGCUGUCAGUCAUGGGAAUCACGUUGGAGGAGAUCGAGAUCAGUGCUGCUUUGCCCAUCAACCCCACCAUCAUACGCAUCAUGAGGGUCCUGCGCAUCGCACGUGCCAUCACUGAGUCAGUGUGCCAUCACUCUACAUCUGUACGGGGGGGAGCCGGCGGCAGUGUGGGGAACCUUGGCCUCCUCUUCAUGCUGCUGUUCUUCAUUUAUGCUGCACUGGGGGUGGAAUUGUUUGGAGAGCUGGUGUGCAACGAGGACUAUCCAUGUGAGGGCAUGAGUCGGCACGCCACCUUUGAGAACUUCGGCAUGGCGUUCCUCACCCUCUUCCAGGUCUCUACUGGUGACAACUGGAACGGCAUAAUGAAGGACACUCUUCGAGAAUGCCCGCCAGGCGAAUACGCCUGUAAUCCCAGCCUACAAUUCAUCUCUCCGUUGUACUUUGUGAGCUUUGUGCUCACGGCCCAGUUUGUUCUCAUCAAUGUGGUCGUGGCAGUGCUGAUGAAACACCUGGACGACUCCAACAAAGAAGCCCAGGAGGAGGCAGAGAUGGAUGCGGAGAUUGAGCUGGAGCUGGCCCAGGGAACGCUCUGCUGCAUCGGAGGAGGAGGGUCUGGAGCGGAGAGGAGCAGUGGGGGGCAUCAGGGGGCUGGACCCAGCUCUACUGUUCCACCUCACUCCCCAAACACACUCCCAGGGGUCCACGAGCCCAACAGCGCCAGGAAACUCUACUCACCAGCCCAGGAGAACUUGUGGCUGGACAGUGUAUCUCUGCUUAUCAAAGAUUCGUUUGAAGGGGAGAUGCUGAUGAUUGACAACCUCUCUGGCUCCGUCUUCCAUCAUUACUCCUCCCCACCCGUCUGCAAGGACUGCAGGACUCAUCCGCAAGAGCAGAUCCACAUGGCUGAACUGGAGCAGGCGUCUCUGAGGUCGGAGCAGCUCUCAGAUAAGUCAUCCUCAUCAGCGCUGCCUGAUGACCUCAGCCUGGACGAGCAGAGCAUGUACCAGAUGGCUGUCAAAGAGGGCAAGGAAAGGGGUUGUGAUGAGUGCCUAAACACUGAAGAACCUGGAGGGAGAGGUCACAGCAGGUUACGGCGAGCCUCUUGGGUUCACAGCUCUGGGACAGAGGAUGGGGCGGCAGUGAAUGGAGGCGGUUCUCAAAGUCCACAUCACAACACACCUGCUCGUCACAGCAUAGGUGGAGUUCCCUGUAGCAGCAGUAAUCAGGAGCACCCAGGGGUUUCUGGAGCUUCGAGCCGCUCUACCACUCCCAUCCGUCUCCCUGCUGAAUUCUUCCACCCAGCUGCAGCGGCCCUCCCCGCACCUCCGAGAGGCCGACCGGAACACAAACCAAGAGGGCUUCGGCUAACUUCCCCAGCCUCAUGGGCGUCUCUACGCUCUCCUGGAGCAAACACCAGGCUGCUCACCACACAGUAUCCAUCUCACAGUGACUCCUCCCUGGCUACGGGGAGCUCAGAGAGCAGCCUACCGACCACCAUGGAAGAAGGGCUCAGUUUCAUCGUAUCCACCACCCAGCCGCUGCUGGACACACUCCUCAACGAUCGCGCCAGCCUCUCCACGGAGACCGUGAGACCCAGUCCUCCAGCCAUCCAGAACCUCCAAACUACGAGGGGACACCAGCGCAGCAAGAGCAGCUGUGAAACGGACAUCAGUGCAGGAAGAACUCGGCAAGGCUCCGAUGAGAAUGUAGGGAUGGUACGGUGCGGCUCUAACCAGACGUGUGACAGCCAGCAGCUCUCAGAGACGCCGAGCAGCCUGUCGCUGACGUCGCUGCUUCUGCCGAGCUCUGUAGCGCCCCCGUCUGUGAAAAAGUGCAACAGCACGGGCAGCUUAGACCACGGGACUCUCACAACCCAAGAAAAAGUGUUCAUAAAAGAGCCACAGGGUAAAAUCACCAGCCCCUGGAAAGAAAGUAGAGAAGCAAGAAGAGAGAGUCAGUCGGAGGCAGCACAAGGAAAAGACGGGGAAAGUACAAGCCAAAUAACAAUUGUGGGCUCCAGGAGAAAUAGAUGAAACUUUACCUAGUGUUAGUUAUUUCUAAGGUCCACUACUCGAUCUCUGUUUUUUUCAGGGAGCAGUUUGACAUGUGGCAUUCCAUCUCAAAGUCUUUCUCUCUCUAUCUCCCUGUUUUCAUUUGUGACCUGUUACCAUUUUGUAUUUGCUUGUGGUAAACGUCCAACAGGACUGUAGAGAAACUGGAUAGAGAGACCUGAGAGCAGUUUGGCCCCUUAGAGCAUGACUAGACCGAAGGGGACUGUUCAAACAGCUGCCUGAACAAUCAGGUCAGGAGACGACAUACAGUACAGGCAAAGCUUUCCGUAUGCCGGAAUGCUGGGAGUUUUCUUAAAAGUUAGUUAAAAAGGAAAAAAAAAAGAUACACCUACAAGCAUAUAUAUAGAGGAACUGAAAAGAUAAGGAGAUACAGUUCAAAAAAAUACAGUAAAAGAGAUUGAUUCUCUAAAAGAGGGCAUGUUGUGUUCAAUGAUUUAAUGCAGUUCCAUUACAAUGAAGAUUUUAGGAUUUUAACUCUUUCAGUAUACACAUACUUUUUACAG